UUCGAGCCAGUCUGCUCUUUACACCAGGUGGCGGUGCAGUGGAAAACCUGCCUUCAUACUGGCCGUCUGUCGAACGGCAGGGGCCGCUUCUGGUCUGCUAUUAUUGAUGGCCCAACCGCGUCAACGCCUUCUCGUGCCGCAGUUUCUUUGCGGCGCCGUUUUGGGCGAUAUGCCCUGACAGAACCGCGUCUCCCUCUCUGAUCCUGCACAUUCGCGGAUCUCGUCAAUCUUGAGGAGACCAGGGCAUCUGCAGAUUCCCAGGCGCACGGUUACCCUCUCCAUAACUUUAUAUGGUCGACAUCGCACACACACCCGCCAUGCGUAACCCCCCCGCUCUCCUGGGCUACCGUCGACUUCCCCUCCACCAUGGUUGCAGAACUGAGUGUCAUCUCCGUCAACCUGGCCACUGCGUGCAUGGAGAGCUUCCUCUAUGGCAUCUUCUGCAUCCUCUCCGGCACCUCCACCUACCUCCUUCUCCGCCGUGGACAUGAGCAAAGCCAGAUGAGUGCAGGCGUGAGCCACCGGCCAAUGUGGCGGACACCCAUGUUUAUAGCUGGGUGUUUGAUAGCUGUAACAGUCACAGGUCACUGGAUAUUGACCGUUGUGCGCGUCUUUGACGCGUUCGUCAACUAUCUGGGCGGCACAGAGCCGCUCAUUGCUUUUGCGGACCUUUCGAGGAUGUCGGAGGUCGUCAAAACUGCCUUCCUGGUCAUGACCAUUCUCGUUUCCGACGCGAUGAUCAUUUACCGGUUGUACAUUGUCUGGAGCUACAACAAGUUUAUCAUCAUCUUCCCUCUGAUGACAUGGUGCGGGUUGAUUGCCUGCGGCACUGGUGUAUGUUGGCAAUUCGCAGUGUAUACCCUGGGGGAGGACGUUUUUGAGACAUCAGCUGGCCGGUGGAUCACAAGCGACUGCGUCUUCACCUUCACCACGAACGUCUACUGCUCCUUGCUGAUCGCAUACCGCGUCUGGCGUACGCGAAUCACCUCUCAGGCCUAUGGCGGCGCAAACAUCAUGGGUGCACUCGCGAUCAUCAUCGAGUCCGCCGCCCUCCAAUCGAGCUGGAACCUUAUCUUCUUCGUGACCUACCAAGCGAAGAGCAACAUCCAGUUCACGACGUGCGACCUCUGGGCGCCGAUCUGCGGGAUCUCGCUCACGCUGAUCAACCUGCGCGUCGCGCUCGGCUGGGCGCAGAAGGCGCACCAGUCCGCGUCGUCCGGCGUCCCGCGCGUGACCGCCGUCUCGCAGGCACGCUCGUACGCGUCCACCGCGGAACAGGGCUUCGCGAUGCGCCCGCUCGCGGUGAACAUCACCCGCGUCGUCAACCAGGAGGACGACUUUGGCGGCAUGAAGAAGGCGGACUACUCCAGCCAGGGCAGCAUCCUCCCGGUAUGAUCGUGGGCCGUACCGCGGGCUGAGAUGGGGCGUCCGGGGGACUUAGAUCGACGCCGCGGCGCGGCCGCGCGCGGGCACCUGAGGGACUUUCGCGGAUUUAUGGGAGGCUGCGCGGCCGUGCUGUUGUAUUAAUUAUACUCGCUCGCGGGAUAGACCUGGCCGGGCCCGACUUAAUGGUUGCCGUUCGUUCCCUCUCACUUAUCUCGUGUGUGGUCAUAUAUGUACAUGUUCGCGGGAUGCAGUCGCUCGUUUCAG